UGUUAAAGUAUUUGGUCUUUUCCAUUAGUUUGUAUUGAAAAAAUGUUAAAAACUGCCAGGAUGGACUAUUUACAUAUGACAUGGACUUUUAAUAUUCCUAGAAAAUUGUUAAAAAUUAUCAUGAUGUAAUUCAUUGAUGUUAAGUAAGUAAGACAUGAAGCUCAAAAGCAUGAAACUCAAAGGUUAGGGCAAACAAAUGCAUAUCUCUGAAUAGGGCAAACUGCAUUGAAGAAGAUAACAUCAUCGUUUUCCACAUUCCAACGCCAUUGACGACGGUAGCAACAUUUUCUCUGAUUACGACUAAGGUUGAAUAGGUAAUGGAGAAAAUGUUUAAGUAUGUUGUUCAUCUUUAUGGUGAGUUUGCUAACUUCACAAAGUCAGGGUAUCAAGGGUUAUAGACUAUUUGGGAUGUUGAUCCAUAUUAUUGGACUUACUUUGAAAUUUUAGGUAUGUUAAAAGAUUUAGGUUAUCCAAUAGUAGAUAAACUUUGGUAUUACGAUGAAAUGAAUGCUUGUGAUAUUGUGCUGUUAGAGGAUGGCAAAGGAACUAAGAGGAUGCAAACAAUUACAGUGGUGACUGAGGAAUGUCAUUUAUAUGUUACUCAUCCUGUUUCACAGCCUGACAUUAUUGAUGAACCAAUUCUUUCAUUAGGAUUAGAUGAUGAAGUUGUUGUGGAUGUGGGAGCUGAGUUUGGAGUUAAUGAAACUGAUGUGGGGACCACUGUGGUGCAAGAUAGUAUAAAUGUGGGAGCUGGGUUUGAAGUUAAUGAAACUGAUGUGGGGACCACUGUGGUGCAAGAGAGUACAAACAUGGGGACACAUGUGGAUGAUGAUGGGACAAACUGUGACAUUGAGGAGAAUGUGGGUGAUGAAGGGACAAAAUGUGACAUUGAGGAGAAUGUGGGUGAUGAAGGGACAAAAUGUGUCAUUGAGGAGAUUGUGGGUGAAGAAGGGACAAAACGUGACAUUGAGGAGAAUGUGGGUGAAUAAGGGAUAAACUAUGACAUUGAGGGGAAUAUGGGUGAAGAAGGGAUAAACUAUGAUAUUGAGGAGAAUGUGGGUGAAGAAGGGAUAAACUAUGACACUGAGGGACUUAACUGUAACCAUUCAGAAGUUGGUGGAGUUAAUGUCAGCCAUGUAGAAGUGGAUGUGAAGGUAGAGGAUAAUGAAGAUAAUGCUUUGGAUGUCAAUUUUGAAGACUCAGAAAUGAUCUAGGAAUUGAUGGAGAGAUAAUGGUUGAUGAUGAGGAAAUUAGUACAAAAGGCAAGGCAAAGGGAAAGGAAGAGGGAAAGGCAAAGGGAAAGGCAAAUGGCAAGGCAAAUGUUAAAGAAAAUGGUAAGGCAAUGGGUAAGGCAAAAGGUAAGGCAAAGGGCAAGGUGUCACGGUGAGAAUCGGAGACCAAACUAUUAGGUUAAUUUGACUCGCAAAACAAAAUGUCACCAUCGAAUUUUAAUUUAUCCAAGGGAAGGGGAAAUGGUCAAAUAACCCAUAAAUAUGCAAUGCAAAAUAGUACAAUAAAGAGAUUGAAGGUCAGGGGGUUUAUUAUGAAAAGGGAAGGUACUAACAUCCUAAUCAUCUAUAGUAUCCUAUAGGAACCUCUUGAGAUAUUUGUGUUUCGUUAUUGUUGUUUGCUAAAGAUUGAGGAUAUGAGAAGAUAAAUGUGUUUUAUUGCUUUUUUAUUUUAUUUUAAAAGACAUAAAGUCUUGUACCUACGUACCAAUGAAUGAUCAAAAUCCCGUAGUUCAGGGUAAAAAUAAAAAAAGGGUUUGUUUAUUUGAUUUUAGA